AUGACAAUCCUUCAUCACACCAUUGGGCUUCCCGAUUUCACCCAAGAGCUUCGCUGCUUUCAGCCCGUUACUUGCUACCAGGCUGUGGUGAAUAACUUGGAGGAUGCGCAUGAACUGAUCGAUACUGCGAUUUCGACAGCUUUGAAAGAAAGCAAGCCCGUUUAUAUCAGCAUAAGUUGUAACCUGGUGGCGAUUCCCCAUCCCACUUUUAGCCGCGAGCCAGUCACAUUCUCUCUCGCCCCCAAGUAA